AUGCAAAUCGCGCCAUUACCAAGUUUAUCAAUUUUAUUCUCAAUAAUUUUUCAUUUCCCUUAUAUAUUUGCAGAUAUUUCAAAGUAUCAUCACAUUUACUUAAUGACUGCUCAAUGCUUAAUUGUUACAUCUUUAGUUUCUUCAGGAUUAGACUUUUCAGAAUGUUUAUUUUACUUUUUCAUUCAACAAAAUACUAUUUCAUUACUAAAGGAUCGUUCUCCAAUUGUUAUUUUACUUCUUUCUCUCGAAUCAAUUUUCAUAUUUAAUUCUGACCAUCUUACACAUUUAUCAAUCGCUUUUAUUGCAUUUUGUUUUGUUGGCCAGUUCGCAAUUUACAUCGUAUUCCCAUCAGAAUUCCAUAAUUUACAAUUCCCUUCAAAAACAAUGAUUUUUGGUAUGUUAAUCGAUUUAUGCUGCGGAGUUAAAGUGAAACCAUUUUUGUUCCUAAUUGCAGUUGUACUAUAUCCGGUCUCUAAUUUUACAUAUACUUCAAUUUACAGAUUUACAAGAGAAAAUCUCUUUUCUUUCAUAUAUUUAAUAGUAUCAUUCACAAUGAAUAUAUACGGUAUAAUGUCUGGCAUUAAACUGGGGGCAGGACCAUUGAUAAUUUCAUCAGAAUUAUCACUUUAUAAUACAAUUUCAUUGAUGAUCGUUCUUUUCGGUGAAAUCAUUGCUAGAGAACCGAUAUCAAAAGAAUUUUCAUACGGAAAGGGCAGAAUUAAAUAUGUUUUCCAAUUAACAAGUUCAAUUAUUAUUUUAUACUCCGCUUUCUUUUUACUCGUUGAUAAUACAACAUCCUGCUUCAUGGAUUCGAUUUAUGUUCGCGAUCCGUCACGAGUUGUUUUACUUUCCCUUGUAGAUUUUGGAAUUUCUUUAUUUGGUGCUAUAUCAAUAGGAAAUGCUGCAUUGACAUCAUUCUCUUUGAUGUGUGAUAUAUUUAUAUCAUCAUCUGCUCUUAUUUCUUCACUAUUUGAUUAUUUAUUCAAUUUUCCCUCAUUUGAUAUCGUAAUUUCUUACUUUAUUAUUGUCACAAUAUUCAUAACUACUGUAUCAGAACUAAGAGAUUCAUUAUAUGCUUUAAUGUUGUGUUCUUCAAGAAAAUUAUUUGCAAAGACAUUGAAUGCAUUUAAUCUAAGCUAUAGAACAACAGUUUUCCACUAUUGGAGUACUGGAUCGCAGCGAAAUGUUAUUAAUAUAAAGACCCAAGUAAGUCGAAGCAAUAAUAAGACAAGCUUGAAGGCAAUGAAGCAAUACUUUAGGAAAAAAGGAAUAGAAUCAACCAUUGAACUACAUUAUAAUGAUUAA